UGCCUACGCAAUACAACUUCAGUGACGUUAUCACUCUGCGACCUGGGGGUUUAUGCGACGCAUACAGCAAUGGCGAGCGGUAAGAAGAGUGCGCUGCUGUCCUCUCUAGCGGACUAUGGAGACGAUUCAGAGCCGGACUCUGACCCAGAACCAGAGGAGACAGGGGUGCGUGGAGUUGGUCUGGUGUACGGCUAUGACGAUGACUUGAACCGAACUGAGUGUGCCGAGGACAAGGUGUCUGGAGAUGAAGACAGCAGGGAGAGCAACUCGGAAAUGGACGAAUCUGAAGAGGGGAGGGACGCAGAUGAUGUUGAGAUCCCAGAAGUAGAAAGAAAGGACCCUAAUGAGCUAGUUGCUCUAUUCUCCGAGAAGGUGAGGAACAUGUCACCCGAUGAGAUCAGGAUCCCCCCCGAGCCCCCUGGACGCUGCUCGAGCCAACUACAGGACAAGAUCCACAAGCUGUACGAGAGGAAGCUCCAUGGAGAUUUUGACACAAACAGCCACAUCCAGAAAAAGAAAGAAUUUAGAAACCCAAGCAUUUACGAGAAGCUCAUUCAGUUCUGCAGUAUAGAUGAACUGGGAACGAACUACCCAAAAGACAUGUUUGAUCCUCACGGCUGGUCAGAAGACUCUUACUAUGAAUCUCUAGCCAAAGCCCAGAAAGUGGAGAUGGACAAACUGGAGAAAGCCAAGAAGGAACGAACCAAGAUUGAGUUUGUCACGGGGACUAAGAAGGGCGCCAACCCCUCCAGCACAGCAGCCUCCACCACCAGCAACACCACCACCACCACAGCCACGGCAGAAGCCCAGAAGAGGAAAAGCAAGUGGGACUCUGCAAUCCCUGUGACCCUGGCCCAGCCCAGCCUCAUCACCACCACCGCAACCCUGCCUGCUGUCGUCUCCGUGACAACCACCGCUAGCGGCACCAAGACCACUGUCAUCUCUGCGGUGGGCACCAUCCUAAAGAAGGCAAAGCAGUGAUCUGUCCUUGUUUGUCUAUAAGAGGGAACGAUCGAAGCAAUGACUUGACAUGAAGCUGGAAGACCAGUGUCUCAUUAUGUAUGUGAAAAGAAGCAGAGAGAGGACAAAUGAACUAGAGGACACUCUGAGAACCAGCCUACAAAUACCCUCUGCUACACAUGGACUAAUCUACUGCCUUCUAUCUCUGGGAUUGUAUCUGCACUAUUGCAUCAUAAAGCCAAAUUCACAGUUUGGUGAAAAUACUCCUGAAAGCCUGAAAGUGAUGCAUGUAGAUCUCAUGCAUAUGAAACAUGUCUGUUAUUCUUUUUUUUAUAUGUUGGCAACAUUUGUUAGUUUAAAACAGUUGAAGAGAACAAUGUUUGAAUAAGGAAAGGGGUCCCAAACAGACCUGGUAGAAGUGUUUAUUUGUCUAUUCAUAGUUUUGGUGCAGUAUUUUCAUGCAGCAGUUAUGUGUUAUAGCUUGACAUGUGCAUCAUUUUUUUCAGCUUUUUGUUUUUUUUCAUCAUUGGCAUGUUGACCGACUCUAAGGUAAGAUAUUUUUUACACUUGUACAUAUGUAUUGAUGAUGAGGUGAAUAAAUGGAACAGAUGUUGCCUUUUCA